CGCUCUAUUGCAAGAAGUACUAUGGAAUAUGGGGAGCGACUAUUUUUCACGCGCUCUUCUAUUUAUUGCGUUGACAAGUCUUUUCGUCCCAGCUGAAUGUGCUUACCGGGGAUGUUUCCUCGGGUUUCGAAGGCGCCCGAACUACGGCGAGAACCCCGGGGUCAUCCGAAAGGGCACCGUGACCCCUGAAAAUUGCUACACGGCAUGCGGGGCCUUCAAGUACACAUAUGCCAUACUGAAAGCAGGUUCCUUCUGCCUAUGCGAAAACAGACUUCCGUCUGUCCUAAAUAUGCCUCAGGUCGCCGACAGCUUCUGUAACAUGGCGUGUGUCGGCGACAACACAAAAAUGUGCGGCUCCAUGGAACAUUUGUCCAUAUACGAUGCCGUUCCGCCUCUAACUGUGGCGAUUGUCGCCAGUCCCGACACGAUAGCCGUUGGAAACACCGUCGCCUUCGCGCCAACGUUCACUCCAUCCAACGCGAACGCGGCGCUUAGAUUCGACUACGACGACGGCGCCGACAUGACCGCGUACACAACCGCCGGCGCGAAUCUUACGACGCAUGUUUUUCACAAGGCGGGAUUAUACAGCGUCGACGCUUACGCAAACACGCCGGAUCAACUGCUGCAGCCUUUCCAAAGCUCGAUCGCGGUCCUGGUUGAGAGUCCCGGGGCGGGGGUCAACGUUACCUGCCCUGCCGUCAUGGCAACGUACGAGGACUACACGUGCGAGGUUUCGGUGUCACGUGGUACCAACAUGAAGGUCACGCUCACCCACACGGACGGCAACCCAGGACCCGCGGUUUCGGCGACGUUUGAUAUAGCAGAUGCUCUCGAAUUCAUGUUCGGCAACCCCGUGCAGGGCAAUAUUAUUGACCCCGUCGGAUCAAGCGUGUCGACGCUGGUAGUCGGAGCGCUUCCGGCCACACAAAAGGGAACCCUGGACGGCGUCGAAUACUACGCCGUCGCGACCGGAACUCUGACCCUUCACGUUUACCGGCCGCAAUGCGCCCUUGGUCAAGAAUUCUGCGUCACAGACAAAACGUGUAAGACCAUAGGUACGUGCCACCAGUGCGGGGUCAACCACUUCUGCUCGGACAUCAACACGUGCUGCAACAGUGUACCUACGACAGGUCUAGGAGCCACUUUAACAUACGUGUCAGUCGCAACGACCCCCAUAACGAUCACCCAAACGGGUUUGAGUUACACUCCAUGGGUCGGUGAAUUUGAAAUACUUCCGGGUGAUGUUCUUGCACACAAUAUAGCCGGCUCCUCGCUGCUGGCCGUAAGGAACGUAUCAACUGGGCAAGCGACCUGUUCGUCCAUCACAGCUCCCGCAGACAUGCCGUCAUCAUCAUGUACGACAGAACCACAGCAACACCAACUGAAGGCGGUAGUAGUUCAGAAGUCGAAGAUCUACUAUCCGAUGUCCUUCACGACGAAUGGGAACGUCACACUGACGGCAACCGUGAACAACCCGAGCCUAAGUGUGUCGGUUGUUGGGUCCACCGAAAUAAGCGUGCAGUUGGGCGUCGAUCGCGCUGUGAUCAAGGAGAUUGCCACGUGCCUACCGCAGGGUCAGGCCCGACAGGUCGAAGUUCUGCCAUAUACAGGCGAUAUGGUGACGGUUCUUUGGGACUGGGGAGACGGAAGCACAUCUAAUGGCAACGUUGUGUCUAAAACCUACUCAUCAAUCGGCACAUUUAACGUUUCCGUUAACAUCUCGAACGCUAUCAGCUUCAAGCACAACUGGACUGUCUUCUGCGUUGAGCAAACCAUUUCCGGCGUGGCUCUAAACCUUCUCGAUGGCGUCGAGGUUAACGUUCCCACCGGCAUUCAGUUGACAAUGAUCACAGGAAGUAACUACACCUGCACGUACAGCUUCGCGUACCAGGAUGGGUCUGCGGAUACUCUGACGCGGACAGAGGCGGACGGGCCUUUACUAACCUACACCUUCCGUCUGGCGGGCGCCAUUCAGGUUCAGUGCAUCUGCUCGAACACCAUCAACUCAGUAACUUUUUCAAAAACAGUGACGGCCGUGGAACGUAUUUCCGGUGCCGGUCUUAGUCCGCCCGGGGCUAUGAAAGGCAAGACAUUCAAUAUUGUUUUGGCUUGGGCAACCGGAUCUGAUGUCAGCGUAACGUUGACGUACGACGGUGUCCCCCAGCCGAUGACGAUCGAACAGGCGCAGCGUCGUGCCGUCGGUCCUAGCAUGAUCGAGUCGUUGACGGGAACCCAUUAUGUGGUAUACGAGAUAUGGAAUUCAUUAUCCAGCUCCGGCCCUGUGAAUGUGGCCUUUGGUAUUGAAGUUAAGAUUACGAGCCCCGAUAUCGUCUGCACCUUCCCGGAUGUGAUCAAGUACAUCGAUUUGGACGUUCCGGUUAUCCGGCUCUCCGACACCAUCCAGUGUGAUAUCACAAUGACGGACGGAACGAGUGUCAAUAUUUUUAUGGAUCACGGUGACGGCACAAAUAGGACCGAGAUAAACACGCCGGGAAUACCUUGGUCGGCAAACGUCAUUACCUUGCCCCUGAUUUACGCAUUCAUAUCGACAGGACUUCAUAACGUGCGCGUGAAGGUCUACAAUAACUUCAAUUUCUACGAAGAAACUUAUCCCGUCUGGGUUAUGAUGGACGUCAAUAGUGUCGCCAUGGUUCCCUCAGUCUCAAUCAAAGAAUUUCUGCCGCCAGCGGAUGUCGAUUUUUAUUUCACCGGUGUUGGCUCCAUCGCGCCGAAUGACGUCACGUGCUCGGUUGAGUGGGGUGACAACAACCAUGACGUCAUCUAUCCUUGUGACCUAACAACUAUCUACAGCCAUCGGUAUUUUGACAAAGACGGUCCGCUACCGUUUUCCUACACUCUGUCAAACCUGAUAUCCAGUGUAACAAACGGAUCCAUUGUCAAUAUCGUAUCACCCAUCGUAGACAUGGAAUGUUACACGGACCCCAUCGCCGGAAUACCAGAGGUACCCAUUGAUCUCGUGUUCAAGGCCAGACGGGCACCUCCCGCCGGCGUACUUAGCCUGACCUUUGACUGCAACACUCUAGUGGCCGGUACAGAUGCUACAAGGUUGCGACAAGAGAACAGUCCCAACGGUCAAGAUCGCCACCCGUGCACGUAUGCACACGGCAACUACACUCAACAGGUGAUUGCGACGAGCCUUCUGGAGACUAAGACCUGCUCCAACGUGGUGAGGAUCCUCUAUCCGGUGACACAGGCCUUUACGUUCACUGCAUUGAACGCCCCCAUGAACUACGAGGUUUCCCCCUCCUGUCUUAUAAACUACCAAAUGACCUACACCGGCACGCCCAUCCCCGACGACGCUCUUAUCGUGUACGACCACGGGGACGGCACCCCAGCGACUACCCCCGUCCCCUGGCAGGCGUUCAAAUCGCACUCGUAUCAGUACGCCAAACCCGGCCACUACCUGACUACCAUAACCAUGUACAACGAUGCCUCAAAGGUCAAUAGGACUAUUGUGAGCGGUUGCUACGCGCAAUUCUUCGACACCACAAUCACCAUCCUCCGCCAGGCGCGAGUUCCGGUUGGAGGUCAACCGGUCGUCGGCUUCGGGGCGGGGAAGGACAAGUUUUUGAUAAGCGAAGAAAUUGUGAUCGCCGUUUCACACAACACGGGUACUUUUGUGUGGUACGAGGCCAUGGCAAGCAGCGCAACCGACAUAUUCUCUUGUAAUAGCACAAAUGAAAAGGAGAUAAGAAUGAACAUUACUCAGCCCGGCGUCUACACGGUGACCGUUCAAGCAAAAAAUCCCAUCCACAGCGGGCCAAUACAGACCAGCGUCAUCGAGAUGAUCAGCCCGGUAUCCAAUAUAUCGAUCACUGACAACGGCAUCAUCACCAAGGCCUACGACACGAAGACCUUCCAUGUCUCCAUGGACAGCUACGGUACCGCCAUGUGCGUCGCGGUGAGCUUCUCAACGGACGAUCCUCGCGUCUGGCUGUAUGGCGACAGCGUUACCUGUAACGUCGCUAGCGUGCCGUACUUCUCGAACAGACCGGUCUGGAUGGGGAAGGCGGAUGUCACUAAGGCGUUUGUCGUCAGCACCGAUACGUACUUAAAAGAAAGCACGUACGUCAUGCAGAUUUACGCGUGGAACAUGUUCUCCUCGGCGAUUGCGAGCUUCGAAUUUCCGGUUUCGCAAAUAAGCUGUAGCGCCCCGAACCUGAACAUCAUCGACCGUCGUCCUAUAUUCCGGUAUCCCGUGACCUUUAGGAUGAGCAAGAGGAUAAAGGUCAUUGGGAUAACCGAUCUUGCAUGCCCGAACACUCUAAAGAACACGAAACAGUGGAAGUGCGAACGUUGGGAUGCGACGAACGACGUGUGGUUGGCCGACGUUGAUAUCACUUCCAUCCCGUCGUCCAUAAACUCGGAGCUAGCGUUUGAGCCGAAUGUUCUGCCAUUAGGCCUAUACCGACUAACUUACAUCGUCACCAUGGACACAACGGGUGGCGUGGGGGAGAAGUUUUCCGCGCAGACGCAGACGUUCAUCGAAGUGAUCAAGUCGGACAUCGUGGUACAGCUCUUCGCUAACACCGUGUUCAAGCAGACGGUCGGCUCUAAUUCCGUGUUGACCAUCUCACCACGUGACAACUCUUACGACCCGGAUGUCGACCGCGCUGUAAUGCCUGAUAUAUUCGACAAGUUCGAUAUCGCCUGUCGUGACGUGACGUUGAACGAGAAUUUCACGAACCUGAAUGACCUACGCGUCUCUCCCGCCAAUCUGAGCAGCCUGCCGUUUGGCUUCACCGACUCAGGAGGGUGUUUCCGGCAGGGUCCAGGCUGGCUUGACGAUACAGACGGCUCCGUGACGUUCCAUACCAGCAUCCUAAAGGUGGGACAUUUGUACGAGCUGCGAGUGAUCGGGUACAAAGAUACACGAUGGGCCGAAUUCCUUGGUCAGAUAAAUGUGAUCUCAGGCGAGCCACCGGAAGUUGAUAUCAAUUUCAAAAUCCCGACCAUCUGUAAACCCGGGCCGAUAGGAAAGCUCUUCAACCCGAACUCCGAGCUGGGCAUGGUAGCGUCCGUUAAGAACCCUUGCACCGGCUGCACGUACACGUACCAAUGGCAGAUGUUCGCUAAGGACUUCCAUUUCUGUGACUGCUGCGAGUGCUGGAGAGACCUGGUGUUUCUCAGCAAGUACAUCGAAGGGCUAAAAUCGCGUGAGCUGACAGUGAAAACGGAAGUCUUCUCGCAUUACCCAGACGUCGACGAUUUCCAGCUACGUCUGUUCGUCACCAACAACGUGAACAACGUCACCAGCGAAAGUAUAAUGAGCCUAAUACGGAACCGCCCUCCGUACGGCGGCAACUGCACGAUAUCGCCGGGCGCGGGCGUCGCGCAGAACACCUCGUUCAGUAUCAAGUGCGAGGGAUUCGAAGACGACUAUAACGAGAUUGAGAAAUACGCCAUAAAAUGUCAGACCAUUAACGGUAAAGAGGUUGACAUCGCAGACGGUGCCAAUCCAGAUUGGUCCAACCGUCUGCUUCCGGUUGGCGACCUGACCAAUGGCAACGAACUUAACUGCAGUGUCCAUGUGAAAGAUAGUUUGGGCUCUAUCGGAAUAUAUCCGAUUAAUACUGUCACAGUGGAUCCACUUCCGCUGACGGAGAUGCGCGGACUUCUUCUGGGCAUGCUGAAUUCGACGGCAGAUCCCUCCGACCUUGUUGAGGCCUCGGCAAAUCUCGACGAGACCUGCUCCUUUCUCAACUCUCUCUCGUCCAUGUUCCAAGUGCUUGGCGAAAACGACGAGUACACAGAUUACAAAGGCAUGGGUUCGGCAUUAUCCUACACACCGUCCUGUCUGUCAUGCAAUGAUACGAGGCCCGGAGCUUUCUCAAAGGAUGUAGACGACAAGACCAAAAUGGAAAUGUAUGAGGAAAUCCGCGACGCCGGUGCCCAGUUAGUGUCCCAGCUGGUUACCGGCACGCUGUCCAAAUGUACCAUAGAGUCCACCGAUGAGACUAUCCGAAUGUGCGAUUCACUGGCCACUAUAAGCGGAAACCCGACUUUUCUCACCAGAGAGACACAAAACCAAGUGACGGAUUUUCUUGAAAAAGCUAUCGACAACAUAAAAAAAGCCCCGGACAGCAUGACCGUCGAGGAGAUAGAAGCAGUCACAGCCCUGGCCCUGGAGACGUGCACCAAUAUUGAACAGGCUGCUAAUCUAGGCCGUGAUCACCCGACCAAGUCGGACUUGAAGACCCAGGACGUCAAAGUCCCGUUUUUCAGCACGAACAUGGACUCUACACUAGACGAUGUCCCUGCGUUCGACAACGAUGUCGAUGCUUUAGCCAGUGGCAAACACAUUAUGAACAAGGAAGAGCAGACGCUUUUUACCAUGUCCAGCGUGUCUACGUGUGCUGGGAUUGCUGACGACCUAAUUAAAAUCCUGACGGGUCUGAAACCAAUGUCCGACCAACCAAUUGAGAUGAAAUCCGGGAGCAUCGUCACGUCCGUUACAAAGAACACGGGCUCCGCACUUGAGAACAAAACUCUUCCCAUCGGAGACUGUGCAAUUGAUCUCCCCAGCGGAAUGAUCGCCAGCGACCAUUCCGACGAGCCCAUGAUCAUUCAGGUAUCUACCAGAGCGGCCCCAGGGGCUCCAGUGGAAGACGGCAGCCCUAUGGGUCAGCACCACCGCCAGGUGACAAUUGAAUUCUCCCGCGGAGACGGCACGGAGUACCCCGUGAGAAACUUGACCACGCCCGUCAUUGUCACCAUCGCCGAGGACCCGAACGCUCCCCAGUUCAACUGGUCAGGUGUUGACCUUGCCAAACCGGUUAUCCCGGCAGAUCGAGCGGACGAGGUUUUCUUCUACCAUGAAGUGUUUGUUAACAACCCAGCGGCGAUUCAGAUUAAGUUUAGACCAACUAAUAUCUCGAAGGAUAAUCAGCUCUUGGUCCUAGUGAACUUCGAUGAAAAACCUUCCCUAUCUGUAAACAAGACGAAUGUAAAAGCCGCAGGAAUGAUCCCCCGAAACACCAGAGACACGGGAUUUUACGGCAACGCCAAGAAAAUCGACCCGUACACGUUGUUUGUGGACAAAGAUGUAGUGGGAAACGAUAUGGGUAGCUGGAAAAUCGCCGUACGUCAGCUACUUCCCCAUGAAAUCAAUGAAUACCCUGACGUUGCUUCUUUGCCCGACACAGUGCCAGAUGAGUGGAAGACAAACAAGUUGUUCACGCAAGACUACCAGCUGUUUCCCGUAGUGAUGUCAUGCGCAUUCACUCGCAAGGGCAGUUCCAUUAUACAAACAGAUGGUGUUAAGCCAUCCGAAAAGUCGGGCAACUCCGUGGUCUGCGAGACAACGCAUUUGACGUCUUUUGGCGGUAACUUGGUGGUUGCACCCAACAAACUCGACUGGAACUUCAUCUUUUCGAACGCCGACUUCAUGAAGAACCCGACCUUGUACGUCACAUUGAUUGUCGUCAUGCUCUUCUACAUCGUCGCCAUGAUAUGGGCCAGACGAAAGGACAAGCAGGAUAUCACGAAGCUCGGACUAUGCCCUCUGCUAGACAAUGACCCGAAAGAUCAUUACUACUACGAGGUACUUGUGUCAACUGGUAUGAGACGCGGAGCCGGUACAGAAUCUAAGGUGCAUUUCGUCCUUUCUGGUGAAGAAGAGGAAACGGACGUGCGCACAUUCUCAGACAGCAAGCGCAAAAUCUUCACGCGCGGCAGUAAUGAUGGAUUCCUAAUGGCGGUUCCAGAACCAUUGGGUCCGCUGACGUACCUUCGCAUCUGGCAUGACAACUCCGGGAAGGGCCGAUUCGCCUCGUGGUACCUGAACCACGUGCUGGUGAGGGACGUUCAGACCGGAAGGAAGUACUACUUCAUCGCCAAUCGGUGGUUCGCCGUCGAGGAAGAUGACGGACAGGUAGAUCGUGUUAUACCCGUAGCCGGGCGAGAGCAGAUGACAGAAUUCACGCACCUGUUCCAACAGCAGACGGCUCGUAACCUUAGUGACGGUCAUCUCUGGUUUUCCGUGGUAGCCCGACCCCCGAACAGCAGGUUCACCCGCUGCCAGCGCGUCUCAUGCUGCCUCUGUCUUCUGUACUCUUCAAUGUUGGCCAACGCAAUGUUCUACAAUAAGGCUACAGAUGACUCAAAUGCAUACACAGUUGGUCCGUUUGCGAUCACAUCUGAACAGAUAUUUAUUGGCAUAGCCUCAAACCUGAUCAUCUUCCCGAUCAAUUUCAUUCUAAUUACGAUAUUCCGAAAGAGUCGACCACGCUGGACUAAAAAGUCGAGAGUUCAAGAAGCGAUCGAUAGCAUGCCGCAGCGUUCCGCAUCAAUGGCCGACGUGAAAAUGCGCGAGAAGAGUUCGCUUGAUUUCGAUCGGCCUGGGUCAUCGUUCCUGAUCGAUGGGAAACCCGUUAUGUCACGACCGGAGUCUUGCAUGUCUACUACCAGUCCUCAUGAGGCGGCACCGAAUAAAAAGCCGUGCGAACUGCCCUGGUGGUUUGUGAUCGUUGGCUGGGUGUUGCUCUGGGCCGCUGUGCUUGUCUCUGGCGCCUUUGUGGCUUUUUAUGGUAUCCAGUUCCAAGACAUGAAAUGCAAGAAAUGGAUCACCUCUAUGCUGAUCUCAUUUGUAACAUCAAUUUUCUUUACGCAGCCUAUAAAGGUGUUCCUUUUUGCGAUCAUCUUUUCGCUGCUGAUCAAGAAACCAGAAAACGACGAAGAGGUAGAGGAUGAAGAACCAAGACGACUGAGAGAAGACGAGCAGUUCCUCCAUGUGGAUGAAGAUGACGAAUUUGGCUUACUAGCAACCACGAAACCAAUUCGAAGAGCUAAACCACCAGAUUCUAAAUUCCUGGCGAAAGCCCGCGAAGAAAGGCUGAAAGAAAUCCAGAUGUGGUCAAUCAUCCGCGAGAUUCUGUUUUAUGCCUUCUUCCUAUGGAUUCUCAUCGUCAUCAGCUACCGCAGCGUUAGCACCAAUUCUUACCAAUACAAGAAAACCAUGGAGCAGGUCUUCAUUCUAACCAACGACACGCACAAGUCAUUCACAUCGAUCGGCAACACGAAAGAGUUCUGGAUGUGGGCACAAUCUGGCAUGUUGAGAGGUAUUCGUGCAGGACCUUAUUACAACAAUUUCCCACCAUUUUAUAUGCGCGGUUACAUCGACGACAAACAGUCGCGUCUCAUGGGUUACGCUGUACUACGACAAGUUAGAGUGACACCUGAUUCGUGCAAAGUACCCGGUGACAUGAGGGCAAUAAUCGAAGAGUGCAACGCCCAGUACGAGCUAUCUGUGGAAGAAAAAGGCGACUUCGGACCAGGCUGGACUACAACACCAAACGCGUCUCGGGAGGAAUACAUGUAUAAAGACGCCGACUCCUUGAAUGGGUAUCCAUACUGGGGUCAGAUGGCGCUGUAUGGUGGCGGUGGGUACGUUGUGAAACUGAAUAAGGACUAUCAAGAGAUGAUUAAAGAUCUGGAACAAUUAGAGACAGAGGGCUGGAUAGACCGCUAUACGAGAGCUGUAUUCAUGGAGUUCACCGUCUACAAUCCGUCAGUUAACCUGUUUGCUAUCUCCACACUUGUGUCUGAAUUCAGGGCGAGUGGAAUAUUCACGUCCUAUAGAUUCGAACCCUGCAUGCUCCUUCCGUACAUGAAUUCCGCCCUUCUGUUCCAGAUUGCAUGCGAGAUCAUUUACUUGGCUUUCACCCUGUUCUUUGUAAUUAAUCUCAUUAAAAAUAUCAUAAAAGAGAAGAGCAAGUAUUUCUUCCUGUUCUGGAACCUUGUUGAUCUGGGGAUCAGCGCCAUGUCAGUCACGGCAGUCGUUAUCUAUUUCUAUCGACUCGUCUGCAUCAACGAACUCACAGCUUAUUUCAGCGAAACACAUGGCAACGAAUACAUGAAGUUCCAAUACGUCGGCUACUGGAGUGAAAUCUUUAAUUACAUCGUCGGAAGCCUAGUGUUUUUGGCAACGAUCAAGUUCAUGAAGCUCCUCCGAUUUAACAAAAAGAUCUCCCAGCUUGCGGACACACUAAGCAAUUCGAGUCGCGAGCUGAUCCACUUCAGCAUCAUUUUCAACAUAGUCUUCUACGCCUUCAUUCAGUUCUUCUAUUUGAUCUACGGGCCACACCUGAAUAUCUUUAGAACGUUCAUCAAGUCGUGCGAAUCUGGAAUACUAAUGAUCAUGGGAAGGUUCGACAUCUACGGCAUGCAGAAUGUCAACCAGUGGAUGACGCAGCUGUUCCUGUUCCUCUUUGUCGUCUCGGUGACCUUUAUCGUCGUCAACAUGCUUAUUUCCAUUCUUAACGACACCUUCUCCGCUGUCAGGAAGGACAAACUCAAGCAAACGAACGACUACGAGAUUGUUGACUUUAUGAUGAACAGGUUUAAGAUGUGGACUGGAAUAGGACGCGCUAGCCCGACCACUAUCAGCCCUGCCGAGUUGGAGAAAGAAAGGAAAUACAAAGAGCUGGAGGACCGUAUUGAUCAGUUCCCAGACCAGAUCGACAGGUUCCUGGCCUCCAUAUCGAACAUGUACAUGGGUGACGUUAAACUGGACAACAUGUUACAUAAAGGAAUGGCUCAGAAGAUGGCCCAUAAGGCGGAGCUACAGCAGGACCAUCCGAUGCCCCGCUCCAUGCAGUCUGGCGUCAGACUGCGUCCCGGGGCCAAGGGUAUGACGGACGUUCACACGGACUAGGACUCGAACCAGAGACUGGAUUAUCCGGAUUGUUUAAUGCUAACAGGACAUUGAUUUUUGUUAUUGUGUAUUUUUGUUUUGUUAUUCCAUUUGAUUAGAAAAAACUGCAAAACGUUCAUGAAAAUUAAAAAGCGCAAGGGAAAACACUAUGGGCGUUACUCAAAACUUGUAUGCAUGCAAUAGCUAAAAAUAGUUUAUACCCAUAUCUAAAGUACUAUACCACGGACAUGAGUUCUACUAUUUAUAUACAUAACGAAUUAAACAGAACAAAAAUGACUGCUAAAACGGGGGUAACGUUAUUUCAAAAUGGGAUCUGUUUCGAUUAAAAACGAAACACAUAGCUGACUUUAACAAAAUGAAAUGCGUGUCUAUAUUUUGUAUUCUCUCAUUAAGUAUAUUAAUUUAUAUAUUUUAUGAGAAAUCAAUUCUUGCAUGUUUAUUUACAAAUUGAUGAUUUAUUAAUAAGUUUCGAUAAAAAACGAAAAAAAAAAAUGAAAUGCGUGUCUAUAUUCUGUUUUCUCUGAUAAAUUAUAUUAAUUUAUAUAUUUUAUGUCUAACCAAUACUUGUAGUUUUAUUAACAUAUUGAUAAUAUAUGAAUAAGUAAAAGAGGCGACAAUUAAAAUUCGUAAAAAUUAAACACUUUAACUUAAAAGGCGUAUUAAGAAAACCUGAUGUGAGUGAUGAACAUGCGUUCGUUUUUUUACUUUAUUUGGAAGCAAUAGUAAAUUUACUCGUAAAGAAAAGGCAAACAAAUAUUUAUCUACGUAUUCGUGUUAGUGUUCUUUUCGUAUAAUUUAUUGAAAUAAACUGUUAAGUUAG